CCUCGGAGUUUAGAGUAGCGGAGUUGAGAAAUCACGUGUCACCUGCUCCAUGGCCCGAGCUUCGCGAUCUGCGGCUUCUUCGAUUCCGUCAGCGUCAGCGUCGAGAGCAACGAACAGCUCUCCAGUCCUCCUUGUUGCCCUUGAGCGGCGUUUCCAUUGUCUCUAUUGGCGUGGCUGGUGAAGCGCGCUAUUCACCACUUGCCGCUCACCACCUUCUGUCGACUGUGAAAGAAGCUACGACGUCGCCAGCUUGCUCCCGCCGCACGAGUCGCGCAACAGGUGUUACGAUCACAGUCACAUCUCUUCUGACAGUUCCAGAUCUUCUCUACGACUUGCGCUUUAUAGAAGACGAUCUGACAUGAUAUGGCGGCCUGGAGAUGAAGGUGGAUGUCACAUAUAGCGCACCCGGCGCAACCUACGAUUAAACGCUCAUCGCGAUGCCGGGUGUGGUCGAAACCCCGGCGGCAGGCCCCGCGUGGCCAGGGCUUGGAUACAGUGUCGCGCAUCAGAAGGUGGAGCUGGAAAUAGAUUUUGUGAACAAGAGUCUCAAGGGGAAGACGGAGAUCACGAUCCAUCCUCAUUAUAAGGACCUCAGGCUCAUCCGACUGAACUUUCGUCAAGGCGACCUCAAGCGGUUGAACGUGAGCGGCAAAGCUCCAACGACCAAAUAUACAGACCCCUAUGACUCGCUGAACCUCUAUGGGCCUCACUACCACCAGCGCCUCGCUGCGAAGAUUGAUCCCCUCCUGAAAACUCAGCCGGACCCUGAACUGGUUGUUAUGAUCCCCAAAAGCGUCCGUAUAGAAGAGUUGGAUCCGUUCUCCAUCGAGGCGCAGAAUCAGAUGGCGCUGCGUGCGACUGGGAGUGGGGAGGAUGCGGAUGGCCCCUUGAGCUCGAAAACAGCAGAGACGGCACUUCCGCGCUUUACGGCCUUGACAGUCUACGCAGAAUUUGCUAUCGACAAUAUCCGAGAAGGCUUGCAUUUUGUGGGGCUGAAUAACGGUGACAGACGUUACCCACACGCAUUUACGACCAAUAGCACGGGGUUGGGCGCAGGAUCAUGUUUAUUUCCGUGUGUCGAUGACCCGUCAUCUCGAUGUACGUGGGAGAUUUCAAUCAAAUGUCCGUCCACGCUUGGUGAUCUGUUCGAUCGCAAAACGAAGGAGACGCAAAACAACAAGUCCACUGCCUCACGCAGUCCUUAUCUAGCUGCUGAUGACGAAACACUGGACAUUACGGUUGCUUGUUCUGGUGAUAUGACGGAUGAGAUUACGGAUCCCCGAGAUCCUGGCAGGAAAACAGUAUCUUUUGCGUGUAGUUCGCCAUUAUCUGCUCAGCAGAUAGGGUUUGCGAUUGGGCCUUUUGAAUACGUGAACCUAUCCGAGUUUCGUGAAAGCGACCAAGACGAUCAGCUUGGACAGAACGCCAUUCCUGUCCAUGCAUUCUGUUUGCCUGGAAGAGCAGAUGAAGUUAGAAACACAUGCUUCCCUAUGGCAAAGGCGAUCGAUUUCUUCUCUUUGAGUUACGGUUCUUAUCCCUUCUCCAGCUACAAGAUAUGUUUCGUGGAUGAGAUUGGCACCGAUACGAACCCGGUCGCGUCGUUGUCGAUCUGCAACAACCACCUUCUUUUCCCGGAGGAAAUCCUUGAUCCCAUGUAUGACUCUACGAGGACGUUGGUUCACGCCUUGGCAUCACAGUGGAUCGGCGUCAACAUAGUCCCUAAGGAACCAGGGGACACGUGGGUGAUUGUCGGCAUCGCAUAUUAUAUCACGGAUACGUUUAUGAAAAAGCUUUGCGGUAAUAAUGAAUACCGAUUCCGACUGAAAAAGAUGUCGGACAGGGUCUGUGACUUGGACUUUGAGCGUCCGUCCAUAUUCGACAUGGGCAAUAUUUUGAAAUUGGACCCAUCAGAGAUCGAUUUCAUCGCUUUGAAAGCACCCCUCGUCCUGUUUAUCCUUGAAAGAAGGCUAACCAAGGCGAGUGGCAAACCGACCGUGUCUCGAAUCAUCUCAAGAAUAUUCCUCAAUGCUCGAAUGGGUGACCUGCCAAAUGGGGCCGUCACAAGUGCCUUCUUCCAGAAAACUUGUGAGCGUUUCGGACAUGCUAAGCUAGACACCUUCUUCCAGCAAUGGGUGUAUGGUGCUGGGUGCCCACGCUUCCAGGCAACGCAACGAUUCAACAAGAAGAAGCUGGUGGUCGAGAUGAUGAUCAAGCAAGUCCAGUCUGAACAGCCUACCAACCGGGACCUCGACAAAUCCACGUUUAUGCGCGACGUCAAGGAGGAGAUCAGAGGUAUCUAUGCAGGGACAAUACAGCCGGUGUUUUCUGGUUCGAUGACCAUUCGCAUCCACGAGGCAGAUGGCACACCUUACGAGCACAUCGUUGAGAUAAAGGAAGGCGUAACUAAGUUCGACAUCCCAUACAAUACCAAAUAUAAACGGUUAAAAAGGAACAAGAGGCAAAAAGAGCGCGCAGCUGCUUCCACUGGGGAUCCUAAUUCUGAAGCGCAGGACGACGUGCUUUUGUACUGCCUUGGUGAUGUUCUACAAACCGAAGAAGAGGUGCAAGACUGGAAGCUGGUGGAUUGGAGCAAGGAGGAUGAAGAACGUAUGGGCCAGGAGUCGUACGAAUGGAUCCGUAUGGAUGCCGAUUUCGAGUGGAUUUGCAAGCUCUCACUCGUGAUGCCGGGGUAUAUGUACCUGUCGCAAUUGCAACAGGACAGGGACGUGGUCGCGCAACUGGAGUCCCUACAAUACAUGGCAGCCCAGCGACCACAUCCCCUGAUCUCCACGAUAUUUGUACGGACAUUGAUGGAUCGAAGGUAUUUCCAUGGGAUCCGCACGACAGCAGCAAUGGCCUUGGUGAAGCACGCCAAGGAAGACAUUGACUGGCUCGGCUUAUAUCACUUGGAGAGGGCCUUCCAGGAGCUGUUUUGUAUCCCGGGAUCGCCAAUGACACGAUCGAAUGAUUUUUCGGACCAGGCCAACUACAAGCUCCAGCUAGUAAUCCCCGAAGCGAUUUCCCAGGUUCGCGAUAAUUCGGGAAAGACGCCACUCAAAGUCAAGCGGUUUCUUUACGACAAACUGAAGUUCAACGACAACUCUAACAACGAGUUUUCCGAUAAUUUCUAUGUCGCAACUUUAAUGCAGUCAUUAUGUAAUGCUCUGCUCGGAAAAGUUGAAAAGAGGGGGACUGACGAUCCGUCAGUUCUCGAUUUCGACAUGGAACGCGAGCUAGAGAACCAGGCGGAAGAACAGAUCGAAAAGGAUUCCAUUGCCGAAAUUGACAGAUACCGCAGGAUGGACGAAUGGUCCAGUUCGUUCCAGAAUAUUUACUCGAGGACUGCGCUGAAGUGCCAGCUCAAGUUCAUGCAAGCUAAGCUUAUUGAGCUCGACGUCAUGCAGUUCCUCCAGUACACGCGAGCCGGUACCUACGAUCGUCUUCGACUGGACGCUUUCGAGUGUCUACUAGAUUUGGAUGUUUUCCGAAGUCCAGAGUUGCUGAGAUGGCUCAUCUACACCAUGUCUGCUGACCCAUCGCCUUGGCUACGAUGGCAGCUCCAUCGUCUUUUCGGCAGAGCGCUUGCACCAGUUGCCUUUGGUGAAGGGCAGCAGAAUGACACUCAUCCGCAACAAGGUGACGGUCUUAUUAUCGAACAAGAGUCGUCAACGGAAGUCCGGCAGGCGGAUCUAGCACGGCGACAAACUAUAACAGGUGCCAUUGAUGCCCUGAAGCAGGAAAUAUCCGCGAAUAUCACGCUGAAGGAGUCACUCUGGGCCGCAUGCAACUCCCCAGUUAUCAGUGUCCUGGAGAUGUCCGAGUUCCUCGACCUAUGUAAGGUUCUGUACGACCCCGUCUAUUCGAAGAUGGUCUCAUUGAAAUUCCCCCGCUACUGGGGUGUACAACAUCUUGGCAAGGGUCAGCUACGUUUCUACAAGACGGCCAAGUACCGCACAAGGCCUCUAUCCAAAGAACCUACCACCAGCCAGGGCAAACGCAAACGCGACGAUCAAGGAAUGCCUCCUCCAGCUCCCAGAAUCACUUUCAAGUCAUCGAAACUAGGAUCAACAUCCAGCCCAGCAAACCCACAACCUCCCAUGAAAAUCCACAUCCCAGCUUUCGGUACACCUAAGUCUCAACCGCCAACACCUGGCGGAGGGGGCACAACGCCAUCCACACCAGGCGGUGGGCCGCUAAAGCUGAAAUUGAAACUCAAUCAAUAAUCGCAAGAGAUUACCCGCAUGAAUACCGUGCUGCUGAUAUCACUGGUAUUCAUUCCCCGUUCUAUUGCAUUUUCCUUUUUCGUUUUUUCAUCAAAAAUAUAUUUGGGGCAUUCUAUGUGCUAUUUUUGAUCGAAGUGUAUUCUCAUACCUGUUUGUUUCGUGAAUUAUGGGUGGGAAGGAAAGGGGGUCAACUUUGGCGUGCCUUGAAGGCGUGGAGUUUCUUUCCUUCUUGCUUUCUUUUGCCCCCUUCCUAUGUUCGGAUGAAGUCGUCAAUUCGAGCAUGAGGCGUACCUGCUUCCAGCGAAACCACUCGAUUACAAUGACAUGCUAAUCGAAGAUAUUACAUGGCUAUCAGAGGAAGGCAGA